AUGACUUACCCAGAGACAUCCAGCAAUCUUUAUGAAGGGAGCACUUGGACUCAACCAGACCUCCUCCCACCUGGCCCCACAGGGCACUUUACCUCUGCGGUCACGGUGGCUGGACUCGGAGGCUUGGGAGGGGGGAUCCCAGGGGGCCAGGAGGAUGCCAGGUGGGCUGCCACAGCGGACAGUAACCCCAACACCGGGGAAGGCAGACCACAGAAAGCCCCAGCACGUGGGGGAAACCCUGAAGAGACGCAGCGGCUGCUGCAGGUGGGACCACCACCAGCAGGGCCACCUCCACCCUAUAGCAGCCAGAGCAGGGACAGCGUGGCUGGGACAGCACCAGGGAAGUGCACCGGGGCUGGGGUACUGGGGACACACCUACCCCACGAUGCAGUGGAAUACGAGGGGGAAGAGUACCCCAGCCCAUGGCUAACCAGGGUGGAGAAGCCAAAAAAGAAACAGCAGGAAGCCACGCAGGAAGCAAAGCCAAAGAAAUGCAGAGUGAAGAAGCCAGAGGAAUCAAGCCCUGCAGAGGAGCCCAGCCUCCCCACUCAGGCUGGUGUCAAAAAAGUGAGAAAGAAGAAGGAAGAGAAGCUGGAAGUAGUAAAUGAGAAGGACCCGUAUGCUAAAUUCAUUAAAGAUCCUAAGAAAAAGAAGGAAAACCCAUCAUCUCACUUCAGUGUGGCCAGGACCCAGAAAAAGAGACAAGAGGACUCUGAAGAAGAGGAAGAUGAAGAGGAGGAGGAAGAAGAAGUAGAAAGUGAAGAUCCCCCCAAAAAGCCAAAAAGGAAGGUCCAUAAAGAUACUCCAGCUAGUGAAAGUAAGGAAAAGAAGUCCAAAAGUAAAGGAGACAAAGCUGAACCUGAGGCCAAGACCAAAGCUGCAAAAACACUGAAGAAGGAGCCAACCUCUGUGUUCCAAGUUAAUGGAGACAAGAAAGACAAAAAAGUUAAAAAGAAAGUUCUGAAAAACAGUGAGGCUGAGGAUGAAUCUGACUCCAGCACCAAGCCAAUGAAACCUGAGAAAAAGAAGAGCUCAGCAUCUAUGUUUCAUGCUGGGGGAGAAGGCCCUAAGGAGAGGAAAACACGAAAGAAAGCUGCUGCCAAAACAACUGAAAAUGAAAGUGAGGAAGACCUCACAGCAGAAACAGCUCAGAAGAACACCAACAAGAAAGGAAAAGGAAGGAAGUCCAAGAAGAAGGAAGAGAGGCCUCCCUCUCCCGUCAUAGAAGUGGACAACCUGGAGGAAUUUGCAUUACAGCCAGCUCCUCAGGGAGUGACUAUCAAGUGUCGAGUCACUCGAGAUAAGAAGGGGAUGGAUCGGGGCCUCUAUCCUACAUACUACCUUCACCUUGAUAAUGAUAAAAAGGUUUUCCUCCUGGCUGGUCGGAAGCGCAAAAAGAGCAAGACCUCUAAUUACUUGAUUUCUGUUGAUCCAACUGACUUGACUCGAGAUGGAGGGAACUUCAUUGGAAAGCUGAGAUCCAAUUUGAUGGGCACAAGAUUUUCAGUGUUUGAUAACGGCGUAAAUCCUGACAGAGCAAACUCUGAUUGGUCAAACGUGCGCCAGGAGCUUGCAGCUGUUAUUUAUGAAACAAAUGUAUUGGGAUUCAAGGGACCUCGAAAAAUGACCAUGGUCAUCCCUGGAAUGAAUUCAGACAAUGAAAGGGUUCCUAUCCGACCCCGAAAUGAUAAUGAUGGGCUGCUGCUGAGAUGGCAGAACAAGAUGAUGGAAAACUUAAUUGAACUGCACAACAAAUCGCCAACUUGGAAUGACGAGACCCAGUCCUAUGUGCUGAAUUUCCACGGCAGGGUCACCCACGCCUCUGUCAAGAAUUUCCAGAUUGUGCACAGCAAUGACCUUGACUACAUCGUCAUGCAGUUUGGCCGGGUAUCUGAUGAUGCUUUUACCAUGGACUACAACUACCCACUUUGUGCAGUGCAAGCAUUUGCCAUAGCCCUGUCCAGCUUUGAUGGGAAGUUGGCCUGUGAAUAGCACUCCUGGGAUCCUAACAUGGCUAGGUUGUGCUUAAUCUGGGACACCGUGGCAAAAUUCCUUCUCUCUGGAGUGGCUUCUGCAGACUUCAGUUUACCUUAAUGAUACAAGGCAAAGGAGACGUGUGGACCAGGAAUAGCCUUGCAAGUGUUUUACUAAAUGUUGCCAAUGCACAACUGGAUAUGGUUUCUG